AUGAAUUUACAGAAGUUUUCCACUGAUUUUCCAUCAUUAGUUUUUUUAAUAAGAAAUAAUUCAUUUGCAGUACAUUCAGAUUAUACCACAUUUUUGUACUCGUAUCUAUCUACUUCGUUACAAAAUAAGUUAUCUGAAUCUGGUUUAAAAUAUUCCGGUGUAGGUGUUAUGGUUGAAUGUUUUUUCUGUGGACUUGUCUCACAAAAAUGGUCAAAUAAUGAUAUGGUUGAACACGCGAAAUGGAAUCCUAAAUGUACAUUUGUAUUACUAUGCAAAGGAAACUAA